AUGCAGCUCCAGUGCAUGGCCCUCUUCGUGAACCGCCUGGAGCAGGCCUUCCUCGAGCGCCCCGAUCCGAGCAAACCGUGGACCCAUCCAGCUCGCGCCCUAAUGACCACGAUCAUGGACGGCGGGGGUGGCUGCAGCAAGACGACCUUGAGCACCGAGAUCUUGCUGCCCUUACUCGAGACGUUCUUCCACCCCGAGGGGGUCCCACGACGUGCCCCUUCGAACAAACCCGCUCGACUGAUCGGCGGUCGCACCGCGCGCUCUGGCCAGUGGCUGUCGCCCGACAGCUCCACGCGAACACGCGCGUUGGCCUUGAACGCGCGGACUCGCCAAACAUAUGCCGUCACCCACGUCGACGCAGGCGCCUUGUAUGUCAACGAGUCCUCGCAACUACAAGGCGAGCUCAACCGCGCCGGGGCUCUACGAACCACGUGCGCCCGCGAAGCAAAAUACGGCUUGAACAAGGACGUGUACUUCAAGCCUCAGGAGCGCAUGCUGGCACCGCUCGAGGGCACUACGAACGAGCACAAAGUCGGGGCCAAUAUUUUCCGCGACGCGGAUUUGGUGUUCGAGCUCCAAGGGGCCACGCGCUGCACCGACCACGCACUCAUCGACAUUCUGAACACCAUGCGGGUGCCGGGCGGCAGGGCCCUCACGGAGCAACAGUGGCAGGCCCUCAAGUACACCGAGGUCAGUGCGGAACAGCCUGACAUCCCAGCGUCGUGGUACCACUCGUGCUACUGCUGGAACGUCAUCAGCAUGACCGCGUUCAUGCUCGCACGGCAGUCCGCCCGUGAGGCCCGGCAAACUCUAUUUUACGUGCAAGCCGUGGACCAAGCCAAAGGCAUCAUACCAGAGACGAGCACGGCACAGUUCUACGAGGACUUACUUCGGAUACCCAGCAUCCAGAACACGAGACGCCCCCCACCGGCGGUGCUCUUCCAUUACGGCAUGCGAGCACGGCUCGCGACCGCGAUCCAGCAACCUUUUGCUGUACAGGACGUCGAGAGCACCGCUGUCGGUUUUGACCUGGACCCCGCCGACCUCGCCACGAAAACCAGGCUUCGGUUAGCAUCCGCCUCGCACGCCGCGGAAUUCGCAUGUCCUCUCAUGCCGAAGGCUAUUUGCGUGAAGCUGGACGACUGCGAUCUCCAGCUCUUACCGCUAGCAGUGUGUCCGGAGCAUCCCGAGCGCAGCUCGACGCGCACUCGCUGCGCCAAUGCUGCGCAGCCUGGCGCCGUGGCCAUCCGGCCAAGGCCGCGCGCGUUCAAACACUUCUACUCACCAACGGAGAAUACCAAAUACGUCAUAAUCUCACGGACACAGAUACCGCUGAUGCCGGCGGCGGCCGACCCGCUCUACUCGAUGAAGGGCGCCACGGCAGAUCCCGGUCUGGUGGCCUACUGGUUCUUUCCGCAACGACGCUCCGACACCAUCCGAUGGUUGAUUGUCUACGUGAUGCUCUCACGGCCUCGCUCACUUGCUACCCUCAAGUCCGUGAAUCUGGCGAGGCAGAUCCGUGACUUCAUAGAACAGGGUCCGCCCGAAGAUCUCGUCGCCAACUUCGAUCGACUUUUCAAUGAAAAA